UGUCAUUGGCUUUCAUGAUAAACACAAAUUGGCUGCGUGUAUCCCUAGUAGAGUUCGGUAAUGUAGCGUCUCCGGCUCUAAGAUUCCAGAGCGAUGGUUCAGCCACAGGCAUUUUCCUCUAUCAAUAUUCAUUUGUGUGAACGAGGUUGCCUAAUGAUGCUGCCACCAGACCGUCCUUAUGGGACUGUGUGACCUCAUGUGUGGUCACAUGUGUGGAGGAGGAGAGGAAUAAACACAGCAGGUGUUACAUCAUGACCACUUCACGCACUAUAAAGUGUAAUAUAUGCCAUAAACACACAGUGAGAAAAUCUGAAUUUACAGCAAAUCAGGUCAAGAUAAGCUUAAAAGUGAAUUAGGGGCACCCAUUAGGUGAAACAUCUGUCAGAUUAGACCACAUCUCACAACUGGAUUUACAGGAUUUAACCGCUGAAACAUGAUUCAUAUGCUUCAUUUGUCUUUUAUCCCUAGAAAGCCAAAGAGGAGAAAAAGAACAGACUCCAUGCUUCUGCAGAGGGCUUUAUCUUGAUGGGGUUGCUUUUUAUUUUAAGGCACUUCUUAUCAAAGCCUAAAACAUUUUCUUUUCUGCCUGGGUGACUGCCCCUACGUGACCAAGGUGACACCUGCUGCUUCAGUGAUGGAUGGUUGACAGAGGUGGUAGUUUUCACCCCUCCAUCCUUAGGUUGCAGUGAUUUAGUGUCCUUCUUCAUGCUCUUUAUCCUCAGACCCCAUUUUCUCCAUAUCCACUUUUAUUUCGUAGAUAUGCAACAGCCACAGUAAAAUAAUACACAACAAAGGCUGAUUGUGUGACAUUACAAUGACUUAUCUGCUUAUUGUGUGUCAUUCAUGUCAUGUUUCUGUACAGACUAAUGAUUCUGCUGCGAUUUGUGUCCUUCCGCUUCAUCUUUAUUCCUCAUAUUCACCAUAUCCUCUUAUAUGGACGAACUACACUUUAAAGAGGGAAUAUAUACAACAAUAUAUACAACAGUGACACUAACUUUGACCUACAUUAUAUUGACAUAUAUUCUGUGUAAUUUCUGUAAUACUGCUACACUUAUGAUUCUGCUGUAAUUUAGUGUCCCUCUGCUCCUCAUCUUCUCCACAUCAUCUUUUAUAUAUUGAUAUGAAACAACCACACCCUAUAUAGAGGAAAAUGUUCAACAAAGGCAACAUGUGUGUCACUCAUAAUGACUGAGGCUUUCUGAUUGAGCUUUAAUGUGGUGUGUAAUUACUGUAAUAUUUUUGUAAAGACUUAUAAUUCUGCUGUGAUAGUAUUGAUUAAACAAUUUAAUUAAAUGCGUCGUACCAAUGACAAUAGCCUACAGAGGUAAACAGCUUUCACAUUGCAGGCUUCCUCGGUGUUUUUGUUGCACGAGGAAGUCAAAUUAGCAGCUGUUGUAUUCUUUAUCCACAACAUUUAUUCUUGAGUAUUUUUGCAAAGUCAGAAAACGGUGUCAGGAAAGUGGACGGACGCCCUUCAGCAGCCGCAGCCGCGGACAUGCGCGCACCGCUGGAGGCAGUCGAGCUGCAGACCGGGGUUUGUAUGGAGGAACUCCGGCUGAUGUUAGCGGCGGAGAGGAGAGAGAGGCGAGAGCUGGGUGGGCAUGACAUGUGAGCCAAGUCUGCACAGAUACAACAAAUACCCAAAGUAUGUCUGCGGCAGGGGCGGGUCGAUGCUCUGAGGGACUUGACACAGGUGAAUGAGCGCACAGCUGCGGAUUCUCCCGUUUUCUUUUUUUUUUUUUUUUUUUUGCGUUUCCCUUUUUUCUCCUCUCUGUCCACGGUAAGAGGAGAGCGGCACGGCAGCUGUAGCUCCCCGUGCCUGCUUCACCCUGCUUCGGUCAGGCAGGCGUCAAGGUGCAGCAGGCAGGAGAGGGACUGAGGAAGAGCCGCCGCUGCUUCAUCAACUGUCCGACAAAACGCUGCCGCGCAGAAUAACGUGACCACUUCACUGAGAGACAGCAGAGAGAGAGACACACGGGAGAGGACACUAUGUCAAAAGAGACGAGAGGAAAAGGUUCGUCGAGAAAGCACAGCGCCUCUCACUGGUGUCUGCAGAAUAUCGCACAAGAAUCAGUUGAUAGCUCCGAUGAGGAGUUCUUUGACGCCAGAGCAGAUGUUAUGGAGGGGAAGAGUGCCAUUCUGCUGGGCAUGAGUCAGUGGAACUCAAAUGACCUGGUGGAGCAGAUCGAAACUCUGGGACACAUGGAGGCCCAGUCACAUGAGGGUCUCUACCAGCUGGGUGGUCCUCGCUGUGCCCCUCAGAGCAGCAUUGAAGGACUGGAGGACAUAGAGAGGAAAUGUAAGACCCACGUGCUGCUGCUCGUGGUGCACGGGGGGAACAUCUUGGACACAGCAGGCGGAGACCCAAGCACAAAGGCUGGUGAUGUGGCCACCCUGGCGUCAGUGCUGGAGAAAGUGACGCGGGUGCAUUUCCAGGCUGCUGCAGAACACGUGAUGAUCAAGCUGGUGCCAUGUCCGGCUGUGUGCGCUGAAGCCUUCUCCCUGGUGUCAAAUCUGAACCCAUACAGCUAUGACGAGAGCUGCGUGUCCAGCAGCGUUGACCACCUACCCCUGGCUGCCCUCCCCCUCCUCGCUAUCGUCUCACCGCGCUACCAGGAUGCCGUAGCAACCGUCAUCGCCCGAGCCAACCAGGUCUACCGCAGCUUCCUGCAGUCAGAGGACGGCCAGGGAUUCACGGGUCAGGUAUGCCUGAUGGGCGACUGUGUGGGAGGUGUGCUGUGCUUUGACGCUUUGUGCUUCAGCAACCACCAGAGGCCCGGCAGCCCCAACAACAGCAGCAGGAAUAACAGCACUGAGAGCCUGAAGGAUAACUCGGGGUCCGUGCUAGGGGAGUCCAGCCCGGGGCUCAGUUCUAGCAAGAGGCUGAGUAAGAGCAACAUCGACAUCUCUGCCCCCAACGAGGGGCACAGUCAGGGUGGGCCGCAGCUGAGCCGGAAGCAGAGCGACUCGUAUGACGGAGAUACCUCGUCCACUGGCCAGCACAGCUUUUUUCCCAGUUUGAUGAAAGAAAGUGUAGAGCGUGGCAGCAGUAACACCAGCCUGGUGUUGAACCCUGGCCGGUUCGACUUUGAGGUGUCAGACUGCUUCCUGCUGGGCUGUCCAUUGGGCCUUGUGCUGGCCAUGAGACGCACUGUGCUGCCUGCCGUCCAAGUGAGUCAGCUCCAUCCAGCCUGCUCUCAGAUUUUCAACCUGUUCUACCCCUCGGACCCUUCAGCCUCCAGACUGGAGCCACUGCUACAGCCUCUCUUCCACAAGUUGCCACCGUUCGCUGUGCCGCGCUACCAGCGCUACCCUCUAGGAGACGGACGCUCAAUGCUCAUAGAGGAAAGUAUCCAAGGCCAUCCAAAUGUAUUUUUGGAAGGUGAGCAAACCCAUGGAGGUCCAGCUUCACAGGAGUCCUCUGAGACAAAGACUGAAGGAGGAGGAGGAGGAGGAGGAGAAGAGGGAGGUCGCAGAGCCAGCAUGACCAGUGUGGAAAGUGAAACAUCAAUGUGCUCCAUGGGCCAGCUGGGAAACACCAUCACUAACAUUUCCAGUAGCUGGUGGGGCUCCAAAAGACUGGACUUUGCUCUGUAUUGCCCUGAUGUGCUGACCGCCUUCCCAACAGUGGCCCUGCCUCAUCUUUUUCACGCCUCCUACUGGGAGUCCACGGACGUAGCAGCUUUUGUUCUCCGACAGCUCAUGCGAUGUGACUGUGUGAAGACCCAGGAAGCGGACCAUUUGGACUCGGCUCCAUUCUCUCCCUCCAGCCCACGCGAAAAAUGGCUCAGAAGGAGGACACAUGUCAAACUAAGGAACGUCACAGCCAAUCACAGGGUGAAUGAUAUCAUCGCCACCGAGGACGGACCUCAAACUCUGGUUGGUCGCUUCAUGUACGGCCCCUUGGACAUGGUCACUCUGACUGGAGAAAAGGUGGACAUCCUGCUGAUGACACAACCUCAGUCUGGCCGCUGGGUGCACUUUGACACAGAGGUGACCAACAGCAGCGGCAGAGUCACAUAUACCAUACCCAAGAGCAAGAAGCUCAGCCUGGGAGUCUAUCCGAUUAAAAUGGUGGUCAAGGGAGAUCAAACGAGUGCAGAGGCCUACCUGACUGUGUUACCACGGGGCAUGGAGUGUGUGGUCUUCAGCAUCGAUGGUUCUUUUGCUGCCAGUGUGUCAAUCAUGGGCAGUGACCCCAAGGUCCGCCCCGGAGCUGUUGAUGUCGUCAGGCACUGGCAGGACCUGGGGUAUCUGAUCAUCUACAUCACAGGACGCCCUGAUAUGCAGAAGCAGCGUGUGGUGUCUUGGCUCUCACAGCACAAUUUUCCCCAUGGGAUGAUCUUCUUCUCUGAAGGCCUGGUUCAUGAUCCCCUGCGGCAAAAGACCAUCUUCCUCAGGAACCUAAUACAGGAGUGUCACAUUAAGAUCAACUCUGCUUAUGGCUCCAUGAAGGACAUUUCUGUUUACAACAUGCUCGGCCUCAGCCCCUCACAGAUUUAUAUUGUUGGCAGACCUUCGAAGAAAUACCAGAAUCAGUGCCAGUUCCUGAGUGACGGCUACGCAGCGCACCUCUCCACCCUUCAGUUCGGGCACAGAGCCAGACCCAAGAAAUCCCCUUCGGUUCGUAUGGUCCUAAGGAAAGGCUCAUUUGGUCUCUCAGCGAAGCCUGACUUCCUGUGUAAGCGCACCCACCUGCGUAGAACCAUGUCGGUACAACAGCCCGACCCGCCGUGCACACCCAACCCGAAGCCUGAGCGAGCCCAGAGCCAGCCGGAGUCUGAUAAGGACCACGGGGGAGGAGGAGGAGGAGCAGGAGGAGGAGGUGGUGGUGGCGUCGGAGGAGGACAAGGUGCAUGGGGACGGGCCUCCAUACAUCGUGGAGACACGACUCCCUGACGUCAAAAAAGAGAUGGAAGGAUUGCAGGAGGACAGAAGAAGAGGAGAACAAAGGGGUCUUAGUGUCUAGAGCCAAGUGUCACUUCUACCUACUGUACCUGUACAUUGGAUCCUCUGCCGGUAUCGCUCACGGCUCAGCUUUACCUCCUUGCUUGGCCCUCUACACUUUGACACCUGUUCAGCCUUUUUUCCUGCCCUGCUCGUGGAUAAUGUCUCUUAGUCUCUGUGCCUGAAAUUUGAAGAAAAUGCUGGGGAUGGCAAUGAUCUUUGGGAAUGUCUGUGUUAAGCUCAAAUUGUGUCUAAUUGUAAAAUCAGAAGAAUGUACUUAAGAUGGUAAACAUACACACAAAUUCAUGUGCACAUUCAUGUGCCUCAGAGGAUGAAAAACGUGGCGCCUGAGGUGACUUUGAACACGGUGACACCGAAGAAGCAGAUUACAAGAUGCUGCACCACACUCUGAUCCCAUUCAGACUGCUGUGCUGACAGGUGGUCAUGUUGACUGACUCCUGCACUGAUGUAAAUACUCAACUCACAUCAUCCCUGCGUGGGCUUGUGGACACAGGAGCACUAUGACAUUUAGGUUCAAUCUGUACACGAGCUCUGCGAUCUGGAGCCCAAAUCAGCCGACCUCCCAUUUCACUCUUCCUGUCAGAUGUCUCCCUCGCGUUGAGGCUGCCAAUCCCCCAACCCCCCUGCACCCACCCACCCACCAUCCUUCCCCCUCAACCAGUCAGGCAGAACAUGCCUUUCGACAGCCGCCUCAGACCAGGUCCACAGCUGCUGAAGCGCUGUGCUGUGCACGACUCGGUCCCCGAGGUCGCUUUUGCACUAUCAAAGUACGCCACAGUUGUUUUCGAUUUAGCUGCGGCACUAGCUUAAGAAACAAAGAGUUGUAUUUGUAUUUUAUUGUACUUGUAGUUUUUGUUUCUCCUGCAGAUUGAGCUCUGUCGCUGUCUGUUGGUUACUGUAACUACUGGAGGAUUAAACACAAAUAGUUUGUAGGAAAGUGUUUAUUUGACCAAAAAAAUGUUUACAGAUUGACAGACACCGCUGUAAAAAGGGGUCAACUCUCAUUCAUCUAUAUAAUAACAAUGACAGUGUAAUUAUCAUUCUUGGCAAUGUCAGUUUAAUUGCUUGGUAGUUGCAGUAGCUUGCAGGAUAUUGUACAAUAAACCCCAUGCCAGUUGAAACUCCAUCAGGAUGCCGUAGCAUCCAUUUAUUACAGCUGCACUGGAGCCAAUAGAUUUGUGAGGAAAUCUGAUGCUGUCUUGUGCACUCGAGGUUGAAUUGAGUCUUAUUGUGGCCAUGUUUAAAACUAUGUGCAAGUCAAACAUAUUUUUCUAUGAGGAAAUAUUGUAAAUAGAAAUAUUUUCAAUGUAUGUUUUUGAACCUUUUGUUGUUUGACUUGUUGAAUGGUUGAUUUUUGCCUUAAAUUGUAUUUGAUGUUGUUUAGAGAUACAAAAUUAUUUUUAUUUCUUUGACCAAAGUAUUGAGUUUCACUGUUACAUCAUGACAAAGUGCAUUUUAUCUAGUUGAUAUUUUUGCUUUGACAUGUUUUGGAUACUGUAUAUGUGUGUGCGAGUGUGUGUGUGUGUGUGUGUGUGUGUGUGUAUGUGUGCGAGUGUGUGUGUGUGUGUGUGUGUGUGUGUGUGUCUACAUAGUUGUUGUGGAGUUGUAUUUCCUGUGAAUAUGAAGACAGUGAUGACCAUGACAUGUAGAGAUCCUCUGCAGAGGAAUCAGUGGACACAGGGAGGCCAGUGUUAACACACCUGCAUGUUCUCACUGCAGCUCACUAUUUUUCAGAACUGACUGUGUAUUUUUGUAGGUGUGGAUUGAAGCAAUGUGUCAGAGGAUUACUUGGUCCAGGUUUUUAUACCUGCUAUGAAAGAAAAAGGGCUUAUGAGUUCUUAGGGUGUCUCAGUUUAACUGAACGGAGUGGAACAUGCAGGCCAGGAGGGAGACUCCUUUUCUCUCACCUCCUGUACAUCAUAGGUGGUCCAGUGAUUAGCUAUUUGAUUACUACUAAGUAUGUAUGACUCCCUGUAGUGUCGCCCCUGUAAUUGUAGUGCACCAAUUAGCAUUACCUGGUAAUUGUAUAAUAUUGUAGAAACAAUACUGAAAUACUUAACUCGAUUUUGUUUUUCCAUUUAAAUUGUUAAUACAGAAAUUUUGUUAUCCGAGCAACAAAAUGAUCAUUCCCAUCAAUUUACACACAAUAAUCAAAGUGACUCCAUCAGUGUGUAUAUAUCUGUAUAACACAUAGUGAUAUUUUCCUGCCAUGAUGAGACACUGGAGAAGUGAAAUAUUUAAUCUGGGCAGCAUUUUAGUACACCAAUGUUAGUAAAUGGCAAAUAAUGAUCUAAUGGUUAAAUGAUGAUGUGCAUGUUAAUUAUUUGAUAUUGUUAAGUGGCUAUCAGAUGUCAUGUUUGUGGCACUCUUUAAUAAUGGAGUAAUUAUUUGUAAGUAAGUGGUGAAUAAUUAUUCAUGAACAUAGAUUCAAUCACCACAUGCUGAAUAAAAUGAAAAUCAGCACUUCAAUUAUGAUAAAUAACUGAGGUUUUGUUGAACAGUAAAAAUACUCUGUAAGUGUAAAUGAGGCAUGGCAAAGACUGACGUUACCUCUUACUUUUACCUCAGACUUUCACUCGUUUCAUUUCGUGUGAUUAAUGGAAACUUUAAUGGUGACCAAUUAAAGGAAAAAGCAACAUAAAGUGUCUUAGGAAAGUGUUGGGCCACCACAUCCCACCAGACCAGCUUCAAUGCUCUCCUUGGCAUUGAUUCUACAGGUCUCUCAAUUACUGUAGGGAUGAACACCAUUCUUCCAAAAUAUAUUCCCCCAUUUGUUGUUUUGAUGGCGGUAGUGGUGGAGAGCGCUCUCUAAAAUGUUGGUCCAAAAUCUCACAUAGAUGUUCAAUUGAGUUGAGAUCUGGUGACUGUGAAGGCCAUAACAUAUGAUUCACCAAACCAUUCACUGACCCCUCGCGCCCUACGGAUGGCAGCAUUGUUGUCCUGGAAGAGACCAGUCCCAUCAGGAUAGAAAUGUUUCAUCACAAGAUAAAGAUGAUUAUUCAAAACAACUUUGUGUUAAUUUGCAGUGACCCCUCCCUUUAAGGGGAUAAUUGGACCCAAACCAUGACAGCAACAAACGCCCCCUACAGCAUAACAGAGCCACCAGAUCCCCCCACUACAGGUGUCAAGAGUGGUGACUGAGAAUUGACACAUUCUCAACAGGCAGAGUUGCUAGCUUUUUCCUUACAUAUCGCUCUAAUGCAUGAACCUCAUGGUCAUCAAGUUUGCAUCUACAAUUUCUGGCCAUAUUUACUGACGUCUUUCCACUUGAUCCAAAUGCAGAUGUCACUUCACUCGCUGUUCCGAUAGAAACACCAGCCAGUUGAGCAGUCUGUGACUGAUGCGCCUCCUUUCCAUUCCCCCGACAAUGAACCCUCUUUCACUUAGAUCUUUUCCUGUUGCCAUCUCCGUAUAGAAUCAGAAUCAGCUGAGCCUGCCCAGCAUUUUUAUAAAUGCAACAGAGCAUGAUUGGAUGUUAAUUUCUUAAUUGCACCAAGCAUUUGUAUACUGAUUUAUUCAGGUUUUUCCUUUAAUUCGACACCUGUCUGUAAUUAGAUAAUCCAUUUUAAUUUUAUUCUUAGACAAUAAAGGUAAAUAAUCCUUAAUAAUAAAAGAACAGCAGGAUCUAUUAUAUCAUGUAAAAUUAUUGUAUUUAUUGAGAGAUUUAAGUGUUACACAAUUAUUGUCUUCAAAUACAAAUGAUUAACCUCUCACUAAGUACGAAUUAAUGUUGUCAAAUGAUUAGUAUUCACCAAAUCAUGACUUAACUAUUGGGUAUUGACCUAAUUUGCCAUUUAUUAACAGUUCUUAUGACUUAUAAAGUAAGCUUUUGUAUGUUAAAUAACAUAGUAUGACAGUUUGUUUGUUUUUUAAUUAUUGAUUUUAUUUAUUUUUUUGUGAUCUUAUUUUUGGUCUUAUGAGUAUUUGACACUGGCCUUUUGACCAAUGAGGAAAAAAACACCUGGUUUCACUGCUGCAAAGUGUAUUGUUUUGUACAGAUCUCCUGUGAUGAUGAACAUGUUAUUGUGUUUAUUGGACUCAGUCCGUAUUUAUUGUAUAAAUAAAGAUAUUUCACAGUUGAAUUACUUAA